AUGUUGGAUAACUUUGACCCAUUUUCAAGCAAUUUCAAUCCUUUUAAUUUUGUUAAAUCAGCCAAUGGAUUUUCAUGUUAUUACGAUAAAGAAAAUAAAGAGAAUGUUUUAACAGCAGACCUGCCAGGAUUAAACAGCAACGAUAUAAAUAUAAAAUUAGAAGAUGGUAAAAACAUUAUUGUAUCUGGUGAAAGAAAAUGCGAAGAUAGACAAUACAUAUUCAGUUCACCUUGGUGCGGAGAGUUUUUUAAUCAAAUCUCUUUAAACAAAAGCAUUAGUCCAAGCGAUAUCAAAACAUCUUAUAAAAAUGGUGUAGUUAAAAUUUCAAUUAUAAAUCAAAAAGACAUUAUCGUAUCAGGUAUUCAAUCUAAACUUGGUAAUGAAACAAAUAAAAAUUUCCACUUUACUAAAAACUUUUAA